AUGACAGGAUCUGAUACUACAGCAUACUCACUAGCAGUAGCUAUCACCCAGAUCGCGAAGAACAGUCGGAUUGCUAAGAGGUUUGUCGAAGCCCUUGAUGCUAGUGCUAUUAAUGCAGAAAGCUUGCCGUCUUUGGUGGACUUGGAACAGAUCGAGUAUCUCAAUGCUUCAGUGCGUGAAGCCGUACGCUUUGCUAUUGCCUCACCGGGAAGACUUCCUCGGAUUGUCCCCCGCAACGGGCCGCCUCUCGUCGUGGAUGGCCAGGUCGUUCCUCCAGGUAGUGUCAUUGGCAUGUCAGCUUACACCAUGAACUUCAGCACGGAGCUCUGGGGCGAGGACGCUCAUACGUUUAAUCCUGAGCGUUGGCUUGGUGCUGGGGGGAACGCUCUUGAUACCAAUAUGUGUUCGUUCUCCAAAGGCGUGCGGAGCUGUCUUGGGCAGAACUUGGCAUAUGCAGAGAUGCACUACAUUCUCGCAUAUUUGUUUAAGAAGUACGAGGUUGGGCUGGUGGAUAAGGAGGCCAAGAUGGAAGUACUAGAUCGGUUUACAAGCUUUGUCAACAGUCAUGGCCUUAUGGUAGACCUGGAACGGCGCGAGGCUCGGUAG